AUGGCGAUGAUAUCUUCCCCUUUUUAUCCAAAUAAUCCCUUUCGUCCUGAGCUACGCAUUUGUUCGGCACAUUUCGAAGGAGGCGAGAAAAAGGAAGGUGAUAUUCCUGUACCGGAUCCGCAGGUUGGUAACCCUUCCGUAACCGUUACAGGUUUAGUAAUCAGCUUGUUUCCCAAGUUAUAUGGUGCGGGACGCGAUGUCGUCGAUAUAAAGAUGAAGCUCGAAUUUGAAGAAAAAGCAGUGGAAUUUAAGAUGAUGAGAUGUAUAUUAACUAAUUACUUUGAAACCGGGAAGCAUUCGUGUAAAUGCUCAUGCCUUCGUGACGAAAGUGAUGGGAAUAAGAAAUUGGACGCACCGAUCUCGAUUGAGCUCCCGCCAAAAGAAACAAAAAGCAGCGAUCGACGACGAGCACUCCAGCAGCCGAGGUCAUCAGCUCGUUCUGCACCCUGCUCCAACAGCUCCGCAGCAAGCACCUCCGUGAAACGAGGUCGUUCAUUGGCGGUCACCGCUGAUUAUUUGGCUAGCUGGAAGAAUCGCUCCGUUACUGACG